GCUCUUCGAACACCCAGUCUCCGGAGAGUCUCUCACCUGACCAGUUUCGCUUGUGUAUUCACUCGUGCAUGUCGUCGACCGCGUGCAUACAAACCAAAACAGUGUAAAGUGUAAACAGUCACCGUGUACAAGUACUACUCGCGCGGUGUUUUUUAUUUUUUUUAUUUUAAGUUAACGCGACAGUUUAGUUGGUUCUAUCGCUUUGUUUAUCCAUAUUUGAUUUUGUGUUGACCGCGAUCGCGUGCGGCCCACUGCGUUGUUAUGUGUAAAAAAUGAACAGAUACUACGAGGCGUACCCGAGAAGUGGAACCAUGUUGACCCUGCCGCCGCCUCCUUUGGCCGACCCGUCGGCCACGUGGAACUCUUACAGUUCGGAACCGGUAAAAGCUCUGGGCAACCGCAUCAAACCCGACAGGAACAGGCACGCGGUGAACGUGCAGAAAAUGCAAUGGCGCAACUCCAACUGGGUGGACGGAUUCCCCGAGCUGGUCAGCUCCAUGACCAUUGCCGACGUGAGUCCUAGGUUCGCCGUGAAGCGCAUACUGCUUCUGUACGAGAACGCGCAAUACAGAGAGGCCGCCAAUUUCAUAAACCGCCUCAGUCACAACACGUUCACGUCCAUUCUUAACCAGCUGCCCAUCGACCUGUUCGUCGAAGCCAUGCCGCACAGCCUAUCCAUACUAGAGGCGCUCUACGCCAAGGUAUUCCUGUCGUCCGACUGCGGCGUCAAGGUGUUGAGGCCCGACCACGUGCUCAUGCAGCUCGUCAAGUUGUUCACCAGCACCACGGGUGGCACCGAGAGAUGGUUGGGCAGCACCAGAAAGCUGUUGAAAGUGAUCGUCCUGUCCGAGCCCAAGUUGCGCAAAGCGUUGCAGGUGCGCCGCCGGUCGUUGGACAAGGCGGUCGAGGGUCUAGGGCAGCACGGGUUGGUAGGCACCAGCGACGAAACUUUGACCAACUUGCACGACGCGCUCAAAGUCGAGUUCCAAAAACUGGUGGACACGUACAAAGCGGCUUUGCUCAAGCUCGAGGAGCUCAGUCUGUCCGGUAAACGGGACGGGGUUAGCAAGGGUCCGGCGCCCGUGCAGGCCUCGCACCAGAGGCAGUUGUCGCUCCGGCAAACCGACAUCCAGGAACGGUUGAUCAAAAAUAAAACGUUGCUGAAUGUCGUGGAGCCCGUUUUAGAAAACAAGUCGAUGGCGAUACUCUUGACCAUACUUAAACGGCGCGUCGAGUACGACAAGGACGCGUUGUUCCAGUUCACCCAGCUCAAAAAAGAACUCAAAGUCGAUUCGGAGCCCGUCCUCGCACCUCUGUUGAUGAGAUACUCGCACGCUUGCGAACAAGUUUUAGAGCUAAUGAAAGAAGUAGCUGAAGACGAAGACUCAAGUGAUAUAUCUGGAUACCAUUCUGACUCUGACAGUGCCAUAAUGAUGUCAGGAAAUUCACCCUAUGUCACCAAACGAGCGAGACACAAUUUUAUAUCGCGUUCGGUGAGAUCGAGCAGCAACCAUAGCACUCGGACCAGGUUGGUGUUAAGCACUGGGUCGAGUUCGGCAAGUCCACCGGAUGGAGCGGAAUCGUCCACGACGGCGGCGCCCAAUUGGGAAUGGUCGACCGAGAAAUCGGUAAACACGUUGACCUGCUGUCACAAGUGUGAGCCACAAGCCACUUUGCAGAUGCAAGCGGCCAACGACGGCCGCGAGUUGUUGGCUCUGCAAACCGAACUAGAGACUACCAAGGCCGAAUUGGAAAGAACCAAAGCCAAACUAGAGUCUGCCACUAAAGUCGCUAAGCAGACGCAAGCUUCCAAGGAGUUAAGCGGAACGAGGUUGGUCAGAUGUUACGGAAAUUUGUAUUCUCAGGCUCGCGUGGAAGCUCUGGAAAAGUUAGAUUUACUACCUCAGCUCCUCGACGCCACAGAACUGAAAUCGAAAAUACUUUUUUCCGUCGUCGUCUUGGCCUUCAGGUCGACACAAGCCAUGCUGAACCAAAAAAAAGAACAAGUGAAAAGACUGUUAUUCUAUCCAACUCCUUCGGGUCCUGCGCAUGUUGAAUUGGAGGCGUCUAUAUGCGCAUACUUAAGAAGAACCGUCGACACGUUCGACUUGACCCAAUGCAUUGAGGAAGUAAGUUCUCAGCUGUGGGCAACUCUGUACGAUUACCCUUGUCUGAAGACUUGUUCGGGCCUCCAUCAGUACAUACGCGAUUCCGUUCGUUUAGCCUGGGCGUUAGUAAAUCAAACACCCAGUUAUGUUUUGGAGUACGAACAACGGGCGUUUAAACGGGACUUGCAUGUGAGGUACCAUGCUUCGAAUUUGGAAAGCGAUCAAGUCCGGACUUACUUGUGGCCUGCGCUACUCGAAGGACCCAACGGGCCGUGUGUACACAAAGCCGUGGUACUAACGUAGAUGGUUAUCAGCAACUGUUAUCUUAUUAUAUAAUUAUCUUAGUAACGUUUACCGGAAUACUGCUGUAAAAUAUUCAGGAGUAGUCGUGCGUGGAUGCAAAACUCAUACCGAUAAAUAAUGUUGUUGCGUGACAAUAAUAAUGUGCUUUAAUUAUUAUUUAUAUUGGUUUACUUGUCCGGAUUGUACUUAGAACGGACUAAUUUUUCGUGUAAACGCAUAAUAUAAUAAUAUGAUGAAUCCUCCUGUUUCUAUUUCAUAUUUUUUAAUACUAAUACUUUAUUAUGCGUAUGCGGGUAAGCGUGGCCGGAAUUGAAAAUGUUUAUACUCAAAAUUCAAAUCAUACUUUGAUUAUUUUGACGCAGAGAUGUUACGAGACGUUUGAAUACAUAUUAUUAUAAAUUAGUGAUCAUUAAUUUGUUUUGUAAUAUAUUAUUAUUAUUAUCAUUAUAAACUACAUUAAUGUUUAAGAACAAAAUAUAUUUAACAGAAAUAUUACGUUGUUAUGUUUGUAGUAUGUUGUAUUAUUAUUGUUAGAUAAGUGUACUUAUCCGUGUACUAUUUUUUAAAAUGAUAUUGUAUUGUUUAUUAAAACAAAAUUAUAUUUCCUACGUUUGUAAUAGUUACACAUAAUAUUAGUAUACAAAUGAAAUGUAAAGUUAAUUUUCUUGUACUUUAUAUUGUAAUAUUUAUUUAUAAGGAUUAAUUUAUUCUUUCUAACUUAGAAUUUUUUUUACUGUUUUACUUAAAUUUAAGAUUUAGUACUUAAGUAGUGCAUAAUAUACCUAUUACUCAAAAAUGUUUGAUUAGUAUAAAUUACGGGUUUCGCAGAUAUAUGCAAAAAGAGAUCAUUUAUAUGUAUUGUCUAACAACGUGUGCAUUAUACUUUCUACAUAUUAUUACGAAGAUAAACACGUAAGACAUUAUUUUUACUACUUUAGAGACAUUUGAGAUGGCAAUAUGCUUGUAAUAAAAAUCAAUAAAGAAUUAAAUAUUACACAAAAGUAAAUCAAGACUCCGAAGUUUGGAGUUUGCGUUUUAUCUUCUAAGUAAAACCCGUCUCGCGGGAAAAGGUACUUCACUUAAUAAUUUAGUUCGAAUUACAUUUGUUUGUUUAACUUGUUUGUAGUGUGUUUAUUGCACGUAUUAAUAUAAAAUUAGUUAACCUUCUAUCAGUUCAAUUACUUCUAUUAGAUCAACCUUUGCGCGGUUUUCUUAAAUUAAGAAAACUAAGAAAUUAAAUUAAAAAUACUAAACUUAAAUUAAGUGUGGCUUAGGUAAACUUUUCACGUUUGUCAUACAAACUACAUUAUGUGGCUAAGGGUACAUUUUUACCCCGCGCGACGGAUAGAAGUUCAUUUAUAUUAUGUAAAAUUCCCAAAAAUGUUUAAAGCAAAUUUAUUAUAUUAUGUGAUUUACUUUCUUAAAAAAAAAUCUACUCAUAAGG